AUGUCCACCCAGAAAGGCCUGGUUGGUCUUGUCAAGCACCCCACCAACCACCGCUGCUGUCUCACUGACCAUCACUGCUGCUCCAGCAAUCACCACCACCACCAUCACCACGGCUGCAGCCAGUACAACCACCACUGCUACCCCAACCAUCACUACUACCACUAUCGCUGCUGCCCUGACAACAACAAAACCUCAUACAACCACCACUGCUGCCCCAACAAUCACUACCACCACCACCGCUGCAGCCCUGACAACAACGAAACCUCAUACAACCACCACCGCUGCCCCUACAAUUACCACCACCACUGCUGCCCUGACAUCAACCACACCCUAUUCAACCACCACUGCUGCCCCAACAAUCACCACCACCUCCAUGGCUGCAACUCUGACAACAACCAAACUCCAUACAACCACCACCACUGCUGCCCUGACAUCAACCACACCCCAUUCAACCACCACUGUUGGUCUGGCAACAACCAAAGCCCAUACAACCACCCCUGCAGUCCCAACAACCACCAGCACUGUUACCCUUACAAUAACCAAACCCCAUAUAACCAGCACUGUGCCCCUGACAACAACCAGCACUACAGCCUUGCUAACUACAACUGUUGCCCCACCUACCACCCCAGUUUCCUCAACAACCUUCACUGCUGCCCCACCAACCGCUACAACAGCUUCCAUGACAUCUAUCUCUGCUGCUCUGAUAUCUACUGUUACCACAAUAGCAUCUGUUGCCGUGACAUCUAA